AACGCACCAAUCAUUAAAAAAAAAAAAAAGUUAAACACCAAGCAUAAAAAAAAGUCGCGACGUUCUCAUUCUUUCUCGAAUCAUACCACAGAGAGAGAGAGAACAAAAAGAAGCAAUCGUCGAAAGUCAUGUUCGCUACAAAAACAGUUCUCUUUAUCGCCGUCGUGUCACUUCUCGGAACGUUUUCAUCCGCCGCUGUCGAUACUUUUAUCUACGGUGGUUGCUCACAAGAAAAGUACUUUCCGGGAUCGCCUUACGAGUCAAACGUUAACUCUCUACUCACCUCGUUCGUUAGCUCAGCUUCUCUCUACACAUACAACAACUUCACCACCAACGGAAUCUCCGGCGACAGUUCCUCCGUCUACGGUUUGUACCAGUGUCGCGGUGAUCUCUCCUCCGGCUCGGGAGAUUGUGCAAGAUGCGUCGCGCGAGCAGUAAGCCGUCUAGGGAGUCUCUGCGCCAUGGCAAGCGGUGGCGCGUUGCAGCUCGAAGGCUGUUUCGUUAAAUACGACAACACGACGUUCCUCGGUGUUGAGGAUAAGACGGUGGUGGUUCGACGUUGUGGACCACCGGUUGGUUAUAACUCGGACGAGAUGACUCGUAGAGACUCGGUGGUGGGUUCUUUAGCGGCGAGUAGCGGUGGUUCAUACAGAGUAGGAGUGUCGGGGGAACUGCAAGGUGUGGCGCAGUGCACCGGAGAUCUUAGUGCGACUGAGUGUCAAGACUGUUUGAUGGAAGCGAUCGGACGGCUGAGAACGGAUUGCGGAGGAGCUGCUUGGGGUGACGUGUACUUAGCAAAGUGCUACGCGCGUUACUCUGCGCGUGGAGGUCACUCUAGAGCCAACGGCUAUGGUAAUGUCUUCUUUGCUCCGUUGCUUUUUAUUUCUUUUAUAAAGAUUUUUAUUUGAUUUUAAAGUUUUUAAUUAAGGGAAAAACCCGAAAAAAUCUCCGGCUAAUUUUAGUUUGUCUGUUUAAUACCUCUAUUAUUUAAUUUUCUCAAAAAAUAUCUAAAUUAAUUUUUAUAUCUUUUUAAAACUUUCGUUUUAUUAAAUUUUGUUAAAAUUAGAUAUUCAAAUUAACAGCCGUUAACAGUGGUAACUGAAUCAAUAACUGCAGUAAAAACUUAACUGUACAGUAUUUACUAUUUAUAUAUAUUUUAUUAUCGAAUAGUUACGAACGUAUUGUCUUAGUCAUGUGGUUAUGUGAGAUUUUUAUUUUCAAGAUUUAUUUUUUUCGUUUAUUUUCUCCAUCUUCUUUGCAUAGAAUUUACAAUUUAUGCAUAUAAUAUUUUUGAUAAUUGUAUUGUUAAAAAUGUGUUAUUUUUGGGAUGUAAUUAGGUGGGAAUCGUAAUAACAAUGAUGACGAUGAGAUAGAGAAAACACUUGCAAUCAUAGUUGGCUUAAUUGCUGGAGUUACGUUACUCGUCGUAUUUCUCUCUUUUAUGGCAAAAUCGUGCGAGAGAGGUAAAGGUGGGAAGUAAAUAACGUUAUGGGACUUUUGACUUGUAUCAUCAAUUUAUGGUUUUAAAAAAGAAUCAAAUGCGUAAAGGAGAAAGAAAAGCGAAGAGAUUCUUCAUAUUCUCCACUAAAAUCCUAAAGGAUGUUUCUUUUUUGACCCACUUUAAUUGAAGUUUUACUAUUUUUCAAAUGUAUAGAAAACUCACGCCGUUUAGAUUUGUGAUCGUAUCUUUACGUAAGAACAUUUAAAAGUGGCGCAUAUGCAAUUUAUCUUUGAUAUGUAUUUCUAAUUAUCAUAAUCACUUAACGUUGUAGUUUAAAGGAAUUAUUGUUGAUUUUGUGUUACUGUUUGUGACAAAACAAUGUAUAUAUAUGUUCUAUGAAUUUAAAGCC